AUGUCGUCCGACUCUACGCGUAAACCUCUCGGUGGUUCUGGUCAGAAGCGAAGCAAUGGAACUCGUACCGAUGGCGAUAUACCAUCCCCUACCGAUGGCGAUAUAUCAUCACCCCAGUUAGCUCAAAAAUCAGCUCAGUCGCCCGAUUUUGAACUCACUCAGGGAUCUUCGACGCAUAAAGGAACUAUGACGGCCACUGGAAAAGGUUCGAUUGUGUCAGGCAAUCGCGCGGAUGGUAUUAAGUCAGGAAAGGUCAAGCAGGAUGGAUCAGAAUACCAUGCUGCUAUUGUUUCCAACGACAAUGGAAGCAUUAUCACGGGGAAUUCUGCAAAUGGACGCCCAACUAUAUAA